AUGGGUACCUUCUAAGGAAAGUGUCCUUAAAAAAGUUCAGCAUCAAGGAACCAACCGAACAAAUAAGAACCAGACAAUACAUUUAUUUAAAAAUAUUUAUUGAAUGAUGUGUAUCCAGGCAUUGGAAAAUUAAUAAUAAAAAAUGAAAAAUUGAAAAGCAUAACAAAGGAUUAUACCAUCAAGUAUCCUCCUUUUGUAACUGGAACCUAUGCAAAUGUGCAUAAAGCAGUUCAUCAUUGUUCUAAUUAAGAGAGGGCUGUUAAGAUUAUUAGAAGAUCUUAAACUAACUAGAACCAAUAGGAGAGAUCUAUGAAUGAAUUUAGAGUACUUUAAAAAUUGAAUCAUCCAAAUAUCAUCAAGAUCCAUGAAUUUUAUUAGAAUAAAUUUUCUUUCAAUCUAGUAUCAGACUUGUAAACAGGAGGAUAAUUAUUUGAUAAAAUGAGAAAAGAGGGAAGAUUUUCAGAAAAGUAAGCAGCUGAAAUAAUGAAAUAAAUAUUAUUAGCAGUCAAUUACUGUCAUAAUGAGAAGAUUAUACAUGGAGACUUAAGACCUGAGAAUAUAUUGUACGAGUCAGACAAAGAAGAAGCUAUACUUAAAAUAAUUGGCUUUGGUAGUUCAAAAGAGUUCGUUUCAAUUCAGAAAUUGGAUUCUAAUUCAGAAACUCCAUAUUACUUAGCACCUGAAGUCCUCAAUUAGGCAUAUGAUGAAAAAUGUGAUCUUUGGUCUUGUGGUGUAAUUUUAUAUUUGCUUUUAUCUGGUUAUCCUCCUUUUGAGGGAAAAUCUAAAAAGGAAAUAAAAAAGAAGAUUUCAAAAGGAGUUUAUACAUUUGAUUCAAGAGAAUGGGAAGAUGUGUCUAUGGAAGCCAAAGAUUUUAUUACAAAGCUGUUAUAACUGGAUCCAAACAACAGGUUGAGUGCUCGUGAAUCCUUGUCUGAUCCUUGGAUUUAAAAGUAUAGUAAUCAUCUUAAAUUUGAUUAACCAUUAAUGAAAAAGGUUUUCAAAAAUAUGUAUAAUUUUACAGGACAGUAAUAAUUACAAAAUAUUUUUCUCAAAUUUAUUGUGAACUAAUUAGCUACUAAAGAGGAUAAAGUAGAAUUAAUAUAAGCAUUCUUAUAUCUUGAUGGCGAUCAAGAUGGUAAAUUAAGCAUAGAAGAAUUGAUAGCAGGGUACUCUAAGAUUAUGUAAGUAAAUGAAGCUUAAGAAUAAGUUAAUCAUAUUUUUUAAUAAGUUGAUAAUGAUAAUUCUGGAUUUAUAGAUUAUGCUUAGUUUGUAAUUGCAGCAAUUGAUAGAGGUUAAUUAUUGUCAACUAGGAACUUGUAAACAACCUUUUUGAUAUUCGAUAAAGAUAAAAAUGGUUUGAUUAGUUUAGAUGAUUUUUAAAAUAUAGUUGAUGGUUUCUCUGAAGAUAUGUGGAAACAAGUGUUUAAAGAGUUUAAUUCUCAUUCCAAAGGACAAAUCUGUUUUGAAGAAUUUUUCACCAUGAUGAAAAAAAUAAAAUGA